UUCUGUUCGAUUUUUAUAAGAGAACAUAUUGUAAAUUGUAAAUAUCCAAUGACUAUUUCAAUCCACAGAUCUGGAUCGUAGGUCCUGAAGAACUGUUUUGAGGAUUGUGAUGACCUCAGGAUAACAAUCACUUUUCCAACCCUGUGACACGUAACGGCUUUAACGUAACGUAAUGGAAAUAAGGAACAUCAUCCCAAAGCAACUCAUGAACAAGAACGUGACGUCAUGAGAAAGAAACUUUGAAAGAAUAAAAAAAGGGAACACGUCCUCAUCCUCGGAUAUUCAUUCAUUUAUUAAAUAAAGCUCCAAAGCAGUUUAAUCAGGGAGACUCCGUACAGGCCAAAUCCUUCUCAUGAGUUAAAAACCCAGGAGAAGACCAGUGUUUUACAAUGUCGCCCCCUGCUGGAGCUCAAGCAGCACCUCCUCCGGAUGGUGGCUGGGGCUGGGCUGUGGUGUGUGGUUCUUUCAUCUCCAUCGGUUUCUCAUACGCUUUCCCCAAAGCCACUACGGUGUUCUUCAAGGACAUGCAGAAGAUUUUCGGCGCAACCUACAGCCAAGUCGCUUGGAUCUCCUCCAUCAUGCUGGCCGUCAUGUAUGCUGGAGGUCCUAUAAGCAGCAUCCUCGUGAACACAUAUGGCAGCAGGCCGGUGAUGAUGGCAGGUGGAUUGUUGUGUUCCAUCAGCAUGAUCGCUGCGUCAUUCUGCAACAGCGUCAUGCAGCUGUACAUCUGCAUCGGAAUGAUCGGGGGUUUUGGACUCGCCUUCAACCUUCAGCCGGCUUUGACAAUGAUCGGGAAGUACUUUUUAAAAAAGCGCCCCAUCGCUAAUGGCUUGGCCAUGGCAGGCAGCCCUGUCUUUUUGAGCACCCUGGCUCCAUUAAACCAGUACCUCAUCAACGCUUUUGGCUGGAGAGGCAGCUUCCUUAUUCUCGGGGGGCUUUUGCUCAACUGCUGCGUAGCCGGAUCCCUUAUGAGGCCACUGCCCCAGCCUGCGACAACGAACAAGGCUAAAAAUGAAGAAACGGUUCCAGGUACGAAGAUGCCCAAGUCUACAGCGUGGCAGACUGUCAACAAGUAUCUUGACUUGUCACUUUUUAAACAUCGGGGUUUCCUCAUCUACCUGUCAGGAAACGUCAUUAUGUUUUUAGGCUUCUUUGCCCCCAUCGUCUUCCUCUCGGCGUAUGCAAAGGACAACAACGUGGAUGAGUACUCGGCAGCCUUCCUGCUCUCCAUCCUGGCUUUCGUGGACAUGUUUGCUCGUCCGUUGAUGGGUCUGUUGGCCAACACACGCUGGGUGCGGCCAAAGAUCCAGUACUUCUUCAGCUUUGCCGUCCUCUAUAACGGCGUGUGCCACAUACUGUGCCCUCUGGCUCAGACCUACACGGGCAUGGUGGUGUACGCUGUGUUUUUUGGGUUAGCGUUCGGCAUGGUGAGCUCCGUGCUCUUUGAGACGCUCAUGGACCUUGUAGGACCUCAGAGGUUCUCAAGCGCUGUGGGACUCACCACUAUCAUUGAGUGCUGUCCUGUGCUUAUAGGACCACCUCUGGCAGGAAGACUAGUGGAUGUUACUAAGAACUACAAGUACAUGUACAUAUGCUGUGGGUCGGUGGUGAUCUUCGCCAGCAUCUGGCUCUUCAUUGGCAACUUCAUCAACUACCGUCUGCUGGAAAAAGAGCGCCAGCAGGAGGUGUACAAGCAGGCGGAACUGGAAGAGCCUCAGGACAAGGCGUCGGAAGAUGGAAAGGCGUCUGAGGAACUCUGUGGAAAAGGGGAAGAUGUUGUGCAGAGAGAAACGAACAUUUAGUUUUCCUCCGAAGGACAUCUGGGCUUCAGCUUACGCUUACGUCUGCAGUGGACACAGAGAACGAGGGGUGAAGAAACACACAACUGCCAAAGUAAAGCUGUGAGGCGAAGGUUAGAACAGGACCAUUAGAACAGGGUUUAGACACAUUUUUAGACGGACGUCCACAAGUGUGAGGGUUGAACCGGUGUGCUUCGUCAGAUUCUACCUGAUUUAAAAGUCAUUCUGUUAAUGUUUCAGCUCAGGAACAGAUUCCGAAUCUUUCCACCGAAUCCAGAAAAACAUCAAAAAUCGAAAAAUCUACCAGCGGUACACUCCGGUGGGCUGCGUGCCAUAUCUGCUGCACUAUAAUCUGGAAUCUGUGCAGCCCAAAUAACAGGACUCAAUGUAAAUCAUUAUGCAUGCUUCACUAACAAGGGCCUUAUCACACUUCUGACCAAAAUGUUGGUUCGAUGUUGGUGGAUCUCACAUUCAGAACCUUCCCAUGUUCUAAAACCUUUGCUGCAGUAUAUACAGGGAAGUGUAUUCGCUGUUAUUCGAGUGCUAUUUUUUUAAUUAAGCCUG